UUAAAAAGAAACCCACAGAAAACCUUAAUCAGAAGAUGCCACUGCUUCCCCCGGAGACUUUUCCACUUCACUGUAUCACUUUUUUUCCUCUCCCAGGCCCAGUGGUUUGGCCCAGCGGUUUGUUUGCUGUCCUGGUGGAGUUAAACAGUAGUUAAACAGUUGGAUUUCCCGAAAAAUAUAUUCUUUUGAAAGGAGGCUGGGUUUCUGAAUGGGAAGCUGUGGGUCUGGACCUGGAUUUCAGUCUGUGAGCGGCUGCAGGGAGUAACCAGAACAUGUCUGCUUCCAGGAUCUGGUCUGGCCUGCUGAUUCUGCUGGGCGCGUUCUGCCCGGGAGCCUCCUCGUGUGGCAUCUCCACACACAUCGAAAUAGGACACAGAGCUCUGGAAUUUCUCCAUCUCCAGGAUAGGAGUGUUAACUACAAAAAGUUGUUACUUGCACACCAGGAUGCCUAUCAGGCUGGAACCGUGUUUCCUGAUUCUUUUUAUCCCGGCAUCUGUGAAGGAGGAAAAUUCCAUGACGUGUCAGAGAGCACUCACUGGACGCCAUUUCUGAAUGCAAGCAUUCAUUAUAUCCGAGAGAACUAUCCCCUGCCCUGGGAGGAGGACACAGAGAAACUGGUAGCUUUCUUGUUUGGCAUCACCUCUCACAUGGUGGCAGAUAUCAGUUGGCAUAGCCUGGGCAUUCAGCAAGGAUUCCUUAGGACAAUGGGAAUGAUUGAUUUUCAUGGCUCCUACUCUGAUGCGCAUUCCGCUGGAGACUUUGGAGGAGACGUGUUGAGCCAGUCUGAGUUUAAUUUUAAUUAUCUGGCACGGCGCUGGUAUGUGCCUGUCACAGAUCUCCUGGAAAUUUACAAGAAACUGUAUGGGCGAGAAGUCAUCAGUAAACAUGUGAUUACAGACUGUUCCUACCUUCAGUUCUUAGAAAUGCACGGUGAGAUGUUAGCCAUUUCCAAGCUUUAUCCUACUUUUUCUAGAAAGUCCCCAUUUUUGGUGGAACAAUUCCAAGAAUAUUUCCUUGGAGGACUUGAUGACAUGGCAUUUUGGUCUACUAAAAUUUAUCAUCUGACAAGCUUCAUGUUAGAGAAUGGAACCAGUGACUGCAGCCUACCUGAGAACCCUCUGUUCAUUGCAUGUGGUGACCAGCGGAAGAAUACCAGUGGCUCAAAAGUACAGACGAAUUAUUUUCAUAGAAAUUUGACUACAUCUCUCACUAAAGAUAUUGGAAGAAAUAUAAACCAUACCAAGAGAGGAGUGUUCUUUAGCAUGGAUCCUUGGACCUCGCAUUCCCUAUCAUUUAUGUACCGGACUGUGGAAAGGAACCUACGGAAAAUGUUUGCAGAGGACUCUUGGCAGUCCCUGAAGCACAUUUCCAGCCCCUCAGCAUCUUAUUUCUUGACACUGCCCUAUGCAAGACUUGGUUGGGCAAUGGCCUCAGCUGACCUCAACCAGGAUGGCUAUGGUGACUUGGUGGUGGGUGCCCCGGGCUACAGCCACCCUGGCCACAUCCAGGUUGGUCGUGUGUACCUCAUCUAUGGCAAUGACCUGGGCCUGCCCCUCGACGUGGACCUGGACAUGGAGGCCCACGAGAUCCUGGAGGGUUUCCAGCCCUCAGGCCGAUUUGGGUCAGCUUUGGCCGUGUUAGAUUUUAACCAGGACGGCCUGCCUGACCUGGCGGUGGGCCCCUCAGUGGGCUCGGAGGAGCUCACAUAUAAGGGUACAGUGUACAUCUACUUUGGUUCCAAGCAAGGGAGAAUGGCAAGUUCCCCCAACAUCACCAUCUCUUGUCAGGACGUCUACUGUAACUUGGGCUGGACACUCUUGGCUGCAGAUAUGAAUGGGGACAACAAGCCUGAUCUGGUGAUUGGUUCCCCUUUUGCACCAGGUGGAGGGAAACAGAAGGGAGUUGUGGCUGCAUUUUAUUCUGACCCUAGACGGACUGACAAAGAACAGUUGAACGUGGAGGCGGCCAACUGGAUGGUGAAAGGCGAGGAAGAUUUCUCCUGGCUGGGAUACUCGCUUCACGGGGUCAGCGUGAACAACAGAACUUUGCUGUUGGUUGGGAGCCCGACCUGGAAGAAUGCCAGCAGUUUGGGCAGUUUGUUCCGCACUCAGGAUGAGAAACAGAGUCUUGGACGGGUCUAUGGCUAUUUCCCACCAAACUGCCAAAGCCGGUUUACUAUUUCUGGAGACAAGGCAAUGGGGAAGCUGGGUACUUCUCUGUCAAGUGGCUACGUGAUGGUGAACGGAACCCAGAGACAAGUGCUUCUGGUUGGGGCCCCAACUCACGAUGAUGUGUCCAAAAUGGCAUUCCUGACCAUGACCUUGCACCAAGGCGGAACUACUCGGAUGUAUGAACUGACACCAGACUCCCAGCCUUCUCUGCUCAGCACUUUCAGUGGAGACCGCCGCUUUUCUCGGUUUGGUGGAGUUCUGCACCUUAGUGACCUGGAUAACGAUGGCUUAGAUGAAAUCAUCAUGGCAGCCCCACUGAGGAUAGCAGAUGUGACCUCCGGACUGAUUGGGGGAGAAGAUGGCCGUGUUUAUGUAUACAAUGGCAAACACACCACCUUAGGUGACGUGACAGGAAAAUGUAAAUCAUGGAUUACUCCAUGUCCAGAAGAAAAGGCCCAAUAUGUAUUGAUUUCUCCUGAAGCAAGCUCAAGGUUUGGGAGCGCUAUGAUCACUGUGAGGUCCAAGAACAAGAAUCAAGUGGUCAUUGCUGCCGGAAGGAGUUCUUUUGGAGCCCGGCUCUCAGGCGCCCUCCACAUCUACAGCCUUGGCUUAGAUUAAAGAUUUCGCUUUUCCUAUCUACCCCUCCCUUUCUCCUGCCACGUCAUCUCCAAGGGGAGAACUUCUUCUGCUAUCAGUGAAAGGAAACUAAAAACGGGAGAAAAUAACACAGGGCAAGAGCCUGUCUCAGUUUUCCUAGAGGCAGAAGUAGAUGGUCAGAGGCGUCCAGUGAAGCAUAAAGGUAAAUUAGAAAUCAACUAAAAUUAAAAGUUACAAUUGUGAGCAUAAAGUGAGUCUAUACAGGAAAAGAACAUGACUAGGCAUGCAGCUAGACAGCACCCCUGGCUCACUCCUGGCAUUGUCCCAUCUUUCUGGAAGAGAUAAGCUGCUGCAUUUUUCCCUGUGGAAACUGGCUUAGUUUGGGUGACAAUUAUUGGCAACUCAUCUCAGGAAGUGUUUUUAAUUAAAAGGAAGCCUGAUAUUAAACGACAAGGAGUUACGUAGAUGUUUCUCAAGAAGCCUGGGUGAAGAACAAACUGAUGACAUUGCAUUUCAGUCAGAAGUGUUUCUCUCUGUACUAGAUCUUUCCUUUAGAAAAAUGUGUACUUUGUCAUUAUUAUAUCAAUUAUCACAUGAUAGGACUCAUGCUUAAACCAUCAUUAUUACCCGAGUUUUUAUAAUGUCUGAACAUACCAGGUAGCAACCCCCAGCUGCAGAAGAUUAAAAUUACCAAUCGUAAGCAAGUUUUCAUACAGGACAUUUAACCAUACUAACCCCAUAGUAAGAAAUGAUGUAAACUGCGCUCUUAUUGGUGAAGGAAAACCUGUAUGGCAGAUAUGUAAGAACCUGGCACUCAGGAAAAAAAAAUCUGUGUGACUAUCAAAUGUAUUACUCUGGUAGGUGGAUUAAUUUUUCAUUCUACUAAGUAUUAACUGUAGUUCUAAAGCAUUCACUCUGAAAUGUAGAGGAACAAAAAUGGAAAUACCUGGUAGGGUUUUAUGCUCUCAUUAAUACAAAUCUUAAAUUUUAUGCCAUUUAAGUCAAAAUUACUUUUAUUUCAAGAUGGCAAAUCACAUUUACAGCUUUACAGUGUUUAUUAUGUGUAUAUAUGUAACAAUUUUCAACUUUAAGAUCAAAAUUAUUUUAUGCCUUUGCAUCACAGAUCUAAGAGAAUAAAUAUGAUUUAAGUUUGGGGAUCAACUGAUGUUUCUGAAGCCCAUAUCCCAUGCAUCACCCAUGAGACCACUCUGUAGAUAUUACUGAAGUAAAUGAAAGUAAAUCUUAUAUUUAAAGCGUGAGCUUAAUAUUGCAAUUCUAAAUAAUAAAGAUGUGUACAACUUUUGGGGCAACUGACCAAAAUA